AUACUGAAUGCAGGUUUUUAUUUUUGUGCAUGUGUUUGUCAGGUAAAAGGCUACAGAGAGAAAACUGCUGCUCUGGCAGUGAUAAGUCUGCACCUUUAUUAGUAUUAGCACUGUGCACAUGUGUGCAGAAACAAAGCAUCAAAAGUUGCUACAGCUUCCUCUCUCCUGGCAUGGUUUUCUCUUUCCUUGCAUGGUUUCUUUGCAUCUUUAGUGGGGCGGACUAAGGAAAAGAUGGAAGUGAGGGAAAAGUGGAUGCAAUUUAAGGGAAUUGGGAUGUAUCCCUGGUUUACUGGGACACUAACAGAGCCAUCGUUAAUGAUAUCAGUAACACCUGUGCGUUUACUAUGACAAAGCAAAAUGUCUGUUGAGAAAAAGGCAGGCUUAUAACAUCUGUGAAGCCCCAGCUGAGGCCCAGCUCCACUGACAGGACGGGAACAGGAACAAAUAACAAAUAAAGCUCCAACAUCACCUUUUCUGGUUGUGUUAAUGUCUGGUGAUGGAGCUGUCUCAGAGGGACAGGCUGUCAGAGCUGGUGGAGGAACUGACCACAUCAGGACAGCAGCAGCUCAACCAGGACAAGAUGAAGGAAAUCAAGAAGAUCUGCAAAGUGUCCAAUGACUGCAUAGACCACGUGUACCACUCGGUGAUGUCCCAGCUCAACCAAGAACAUGCUGAGAUCCGACUGUCAGCCUUCCAGAUCGCUAGUGAGCUCUUCUCCAGAUCACACCACUUCAGAACCCUGCUGGUGGACAACCUCCAGGAGUUCUUGGAGUUGACUGUGGAGACGGACUCGGAGCAGCCCCUCCCUCCUCCUAAAGAAGUAGCCAGGAAACUGAGGUCACUGGCCAUCCAGACUGUCCAGUCGUGGCAGGCCUCCUAUGGGACGGCGUAUAAGAAGUUGGCACUGGGCUACCACUUUCUCAAACAGGUCAAGAAGGUGGACUUCCAGGAUGCUGAAGCCAGGACUGUAGCAGAGAGGAGGAGGGAGGAGGAGAGGCAGAGGAAAAUGGAGAGGAUCUACAAGGAGAGAGUGGAGGCAGCCACCAAAGACAUGGAGGAGGCGUACCAGGACAUCGAGGCGACACUGACAGAGAUGGAGUCCUGUAUGAAGCUGCUUUUCCCUAAGUUUGACCUCACAGAUGACCAGACAACCAACAGCAGCCCUCCAAACUCCCAACCAGCCAAUGAGUGUGUGCCUGAUGAUGAACAGCCCUGCUGCAGCAAAGACCUGAAGGAUGACAAGAGAGAAGAGAAGACACAAGGGAGGGAGGAGGGCAGAAAAGAAAAGAAAGACAAAGAAGUGACAGAGGAGAAGAGAGACAACAGAGAGAAGAAAAAAGCAAAGGAAAAUAAGGAGAAAAGCUCUGAUGAUGAGGAGAGGGAGGAUAAGAAGAAGAGGAGGGAUGGGAAUGAGGAAGAGAAGACUGGAGAGAUGGAGGAAAGGCAGAGGGAGGGAGAGGAGGACGAUGAUGCUAAGGAAGAGGAGGGAAGUAGUGAAGAAGAGGAGGAGGAGCUUAUUGAUGAAGACUUGUUUAUUCGGAACUCUGGGCUCAUCUCUCAUUCGUAUCGUCUGGACCUGAACCUCAGUCCUGGUCUUCAUGUUAAGGAGACAGAGGAUAAUGAGGCGGUAGUUUCCACGGUGAUAGACCUCCAUAGACUGAUAACAACCAAGCAUCUACCAGCAGUGCAGGGCUGGGUUCAGGUCUUCACCAAGUCAGGAGCUGAGCAGCAGCUGCUGAGGAGAGCGCUGGAUCUGAAGAAGUCUUUAGAAGCUGCCCUGCAGAAGCACAAAGAGCUUCACAUCGACUACAAGUCCAGGUUUCGCAAAGUGGUUAAAACUUCUUCAGAUGGAGAAGGCAGUGAUGAUGAAGAUGAUUUUGAUGAAGUUCCAGAGAAAGAGGGAUAUGAGCCACACAUUCCAGAGCAUCUCCGAGCCGAGUAUGGUUUGGAUCCCUCUCCUUCUACCUCAGCAGCACCCGUCACAAAAAAGACUCCUGCUAAAAGACCUGCGGCUCCAGCCCCGCCCCCGUCCUCCUCUUCCUCCUCUUCCUCCAUCAGGAGACUAAAGCGACUCAUGGAAGAGGAGGCGGAUCCAACCUGUGCUGCUGCCACACUGCGCCUCCUCAAACAGAACAUCCCUCUGCCAGCAGAGUCCAGCAGCUCCUCUGGUCCCAGUUCAUCCCAGUCCACUUCAGACCAGAAGGCUGUUGAUGCUCCAGUGGUUCCUUUCGGUUUGGACCUGUACUACUGGGGCCAGGAGCAGCCCAAUGCUGGCAAGAUCAUCAAGUCGGCCUCACAGCAUCAGUUCUGGGUUCCCAUUGACGUGGAGGAGGAGGUGGAGAACAAGGAGCUGCUGGCGGAGAGCAAGAGCAGAUACAUCUCCUUCCCUGGUAGCUUCACUCCUGUCAGCCAUUACUGUAGAGCACCGCUGGGCAACGGAAAGCUGUGUCAGAGACAGGACCGGCUCAAGUGUCCUUUCCACGGGCCAAUCAUCCCUCGAGAUCAGGAGGGUCGACCCUGCAGGCAGGAGGACCGACUCCGAGAGGAGAAGGAGGAGAGGAGGAAGAGAGAGGAGCAGCCAGACUGGCGGGAUGCAGAGCUGAUGCAAGACAUCGAGGCGGCAACAGGAGAAGACCUGGGGUCUAGCAGAGCGGGUAAAAAAGGGAAAGGGAAGAAGAAGAAAUACCCCAACCUCAGUGAUCUGAAGCAGAGUGCCAACACGUCCCGCUCCAGACUGGAGAGAAAAGUCUUCAACAAGAGCUCCAUGCGCAGAGUAGCUGAGGCGAUGAGUAAAUCUGACAGGAGGAAACACGACAAGUUCUCCAACCAGUUCAACUAUGCUCUCAACUGACCUGCAGUCAGAUCAGCUGAAGCAGGACAGAGCGAGUUUUAAUGGGUUUAAUUUAUUGUAUGUGAAUCUGGUUGACAGAAUGUGACUGAAAUAUUUUUUUAAAACUAUGUUUAAACACUAUGGUGCAGUUUGAGUUAUUAUACUGGUGUCUGAUAAGCUUCCAUUUGGUGUCUGAUAAGCUUUCAUUAAGAACUGUUCAUGAUGAAAUGGACUAAUAUCAAUGAGGGAAUGUGUUGCCUUGUUGAAACUGAGUGUACAUGUGCAGCUUCAGAGACAUUUCUGAUAAAUAAUGAAAUAUCAGAAAAUUUCAAAUGAGAUUUCUGUAUUUAAGAUGUGUUGUCCAAACAGUUGUGUUUAAUAUUGCCUUUCCUACCUGCCAAAUCCACUUAACACUCUCGGUUUUGUACAUCCGACUGAAUUUCUACUCUACUACUGGUUUUUGAAUUUGUUUCUUAUUUCUUAUAUUUGGAUUUUGAGGUAUUAAAGACAUUUGGAAUUUCAAAAUGUUUCAACAGGUUUCAAAGAUUUGUACCAGAAGUAAACUGUAAAUCACUUUGCUGGG